AUGGCUUUCAGAAAUCUCGACACGUACUGUGUGGCGCCGAUCACCAUGAGCAAUCUGCCGCUGCAGUCCUACGACUUCUGGGCGGUCCCUGUCGCCCGUUGGAGGGGUCUUUCGUGCCAGUACGACAACGCGAGGGCCAGGUCGGGGCUGCGGAUGAUGAGCGACGAGCAGCAGCCGUUCUUCCAGCUGGCGGUGCGGCAGGCGGAGGGCGACUACCAGAUCAAGGCUCAGCAUCCCCUGUUCUUCUACUGGACGGAGGACGCCUCGGAGCUGAUGAUGGCCUCCGAGAGGGAGUCGGUGCUUUCAUCAUGGCUGCGCUCUUGGAGGCCGCCGUGGAGGCCGAGGGGCGCUGAGCUUUUCUCUUCGACCAGCACGCGGAGGGCCGCAAGUGGUUCCUCAUCGGGAUGA